CGCUUACUCUCUCCGGCUUGCCGUAGAAAGGCGAAAGUCCUCUAGAUGAGAAUGUCAUACGUGAAGCUGGUGUCGCUGUGCGCCGCUGCUCCCGGGCUGACGGGCCUGCUGAGCGGCUCCGUGCUGGCGGCCAGUGAGGGGAAGAAGAAGAGUUCACAGCUGAGCAUCGAUGAGCUGCCGUCUUUAUACAGCACCCCUGAGGUAGAGCCGCAGUACGUGGAGCCAGAGGCGGGGCAGCUGGAGCAGAGCAUCGCGUCACUGAGGAAAUGGGCAGAGCCGUAUAUAGACCAGUAUCAGCAAACAGGCCAGGCUGCAAUGGAGAAAGUUGAGAGAGCGUACAGGACUGUGGAGCCAACCAUCAACACCUCUAUAACAACAGUCACAGACGUGUACCAGUUCCUCAGUGAUCCUCCUCCUGACCUUUACCCCAGCGUGGCCGCCGUCGGUUUCUCGGGCUUCCUGGGACUUUAUUUGGCCAAAGGCUCCAGAGUGAAGCGACUGGUGUUUCCAGUUGGACUCAUGGCUCUGAGCGCCUCCAUGUUUUACCCUCAGCAGGCUGCAUCCUUAUUAAAGCUGAGUCGGGAUUCGGCGUUCACCUGGGCUCAGCAGGGCCGAACCGCUGUAGAGACUCUUUGGAAAGAUCCACCAUUUGCCAAAAAGAAGUCUGAGAAGAAAGAGCGAACAGAGAACAACAACACGUCCAGCUGAGACGGAAAGAAGACACGUACUACUCCAUCCAAUGAGACAUUGGGCCUCAUGCAAGAACAUUUUCAUAUUUAUCCUAAAUCUCUUGACUUUUUUUCUGAGGUUUCAACAAACUUUUAACUGCACAAACUUGGCGCAAAUCUCUGGUUUCAGCCUGAUAAACGUCACCUGUUCAUGUGGAGAUAAACGUUUCUGAGAUUUCAUCAUUAGCAUCAUCAAUGCCCCUAAAAUGUCCAUACAACCUGUUCCACUCCAUUUCAUACACAAAAACGUUCUCAAAGAGUAAAAAGAACCAUUAGACACAUUUAUCAGUGUCAGCAGUCGAAUUAGAGGAGCUGAAACUAUUAAAAAAACAUGAAUCCAUCAGAGCAGCAGCAGCACUGUGACAUGCUUGGACGUGAGGUUAGAUGCUAAAAAACGUCUUUAUAAAGCAAAGCGCUCCAUCAAUAGUAUGAGAGGCGUCAUGUGACAGAGAGAUAUUAGAGGAGAGAAUAUUACAGCCUACAGUAGCUGGGUUAGGAGUUAGGGUUAGGAGUUAGAAGUUAG